CCACCUCCACCAUGACCUCAAGCCAAAUCCCUCUCAAUUCCUCCUCAAUUCUAUACCAUCACAUCCAUAACCCCUAAGACUAUCCUAAAAUAUCAUCCAACCACCAAAAUGUCCGUCGCCGACCAAGUACAGCUCGAUAACUUCGGCUCCAUCUUCUCCCUUGAGGGCAAAGUCGCCGUCGUAACCGGCGGCUCCAGGGGUCUAGGUCUCCACGCUGCCAGCGGAUUGCUCCAAGCUGGCUGUUCAAAAGUCUACAUUACCUCUCGUAAAGCCCAGGCCUGCGAUGAAGCCGUUGCGGCCCUCAAUGCCCUCCCUAACAAGAGACCCGGUGCGCAGGCCAUCUCAGUGGCGGCCGAUAACUCGAAGAUGUCUGAACUGGACAGACUAGUUGAGGAAGUGAAGAAGACUACGGACCAUGUGGAUAUUCUCUUUGCGAAUGCGGGAGCUACCUGGGGUGAGAAGUUCGAUACGCACCCUGAGAAGAUGUUCUCGAAGGUUAUGGAUUUGAAUGUGAAGAGUGUGUUUUAUUUGAUUCAGAAGUUUGCUCCUCUGCUUACUGUCAAGGCUACGCGUGAGGAACCCUCAAGAGUCAUUGUCACUGGCUCUGUCGCUGGUCUGGGGGUCGGCAGUCUUGGGGAAAAUGCUACUUUCAGUUACUCUGCUUCUAAGGCGGCUGUCAUUCACUUGACCAAGAACUUGGCGGUCGAAUUGGGUCCCAGGCAUAUCCUGUGCAAUGCUAUUGCUCCUGGCUUCUUCCCAUCGAAGAUGGCCGAUGGCCUGAUUAGUCUGCAGGGUGGGUUGAAGGCGCUCGAGGACUACUCUCCCAACAAGAGACUGGGUCGUGCGGAGGAUAUUGCGGGCCUGGUGGUGUUCCUCGGAAGUCGGGCAUCUAGCCAUCUGAAUGGAGCGGUUAUUACGACCGAUGGUGGAAGUCACUUGAAGGGAAAGCUUUGAGUUUCAUCUAGAUCAACCUGUAGCGGGGUUAUGCUCUAUCGCUAUACUUUCGUGAUUGUAUA